UGGAAGCAGCUGUGGCAUACUGAGGGGAGGGCGUUAAAAAAAAACAAAAAAUACUGACUCCACACCUUGUUAGAGCUUGCCUAGUAUUCUGUUACAGAUAAAAGAAAGCCAUGGACUCUGAGUACUGUAACUCUUAUAAUAUGUGUUGGGGUACCCUUGGUACAGUACGACCCUUCUCCAAUUUCCACCCUGACAGAGAUGUGAUGGCGAUCAAGGCAGCGCUGGAAAAUAAAGAUACAGUGACACUGGUGAGAAUACUAACCAAUCGAAGCAACGCUCAGAGGCAAGUAAUCGCCGAGGCCUUUAAAGCGUCAAAGCAAAAGGACAUAGUGACUGCUCUGAAGAAAGCUGUAUCUGGAGACCUGGUGCUUCUGUUGGUGGAGCUGUUGAUCCCCUCUGUGGAGUAUGAAGCUUACCGUUUCCAGGAGGCCAUGGCUAAAGAAUUAGUGCAGAGGAUUAUGGUGUCUCACAGUGAGGAAGAUCUGCUGUGUAUCCGAGCUGCCUUCAUUAAAUUAACAGGAAAUUCCCUCUACACUGCACUGCAGAAACACUUUAAAGGAGACUAUCUACAGGCUCUGCUCGCCAUCUGUCGAUCUGAAGAUUAAACAAAAGCUGCAAAUUCUAGCUGGACCUUCUACUCCCUUAUAGAAUUCUUCCUCCCCAAUGCUACUGCAAAAAUAAACUCAAUGCUGUGCCAACUUUCAUAUUUUAUUGAAUUGCAUGCUUUACAUAUACACAUUUUAGAUAUUGAGUUUUUGCUGCAAUUGACUUAUUGGUACUUAUUGGUGCAACCAAAUGUAAUGAAACAGGUUCUGUUGACACUUUUAUAACUGCAGUUUGGUCAUUUGCUUUUAUUGCUUAAAUUAUGUACUGGAAUGCUUCCUUUUCCUCCUAAUCUUUUACAAAUAUAUAAAUAGAAUUUUUUCC